GAUGAUCUGCUACGUGAGCGAGACUACGUCCACAAGGAGCAAAGAUGAGGCUCGCUGCCUUGACACCACGAGGGCGUGAGCGUGCAAGGAGAGUACUGGGAGUGGAACGAAGGCUAGCCAUGCUGAAGGUGGUGUGUCAAAUGAGGAGGUUUCUGAAAGCGCAGGGCGGCUCUUCCCCUCUUCCUCUCCUCUUGCCUUUAUACCUUUCUCCCCUCGAGCCAUCGCCAGCAAGGAAAAUUGGCUUCAUGGCGUCUUCGGCUCUCCCAGGAGCUCGCUGGAGCUCGGACGCAUACGAGGAUAUUCCGGCCAGUGGCCGGAAUUGUGCGGAGAGUGAAAAGGCCGUAGCAAGGGUUAACAGCGAUUACAAACGGGCAGGCAGAGAAGUGCUCUUAGCCAAUUCAGCUCUGAAGAGCAGAUAGGGAAGAAAUGGCGAAGAAGGAGUGGUGGACCAUGUCAGGUACAAAGUGAAGUACAAUCCCCAUCGGUCAUCUCCUUCGGUCAUCUUCGUCUGCAAGAUCUG